AAAACUUCGUUCAGAUCAGUUUUGAAGUACUUCACUUCGCCUUCGGAAAGACUAGAAAUACAAAUACGAAACUUUUUUUCUACAUAAAACCUCAAAGUCUGCUCGAUUCUGCAUGGAAUGACUCGCAUAUAUUUAUUGUCUAUUUAGAGCACUUUUGCCAUUACAUAUUAUGAUGAUGUGAAAAAAUGCCCCAGCACGGAUGCAAGCCAAUUUCGGAUAGAAGUCGGAAAAUAUUCUGGGAAGAUCUCUUUUGUGUUCGUAGUGAAUUCGGAAAAAAAAUUCUGAAUAAAACUGAAAGGAAUCGAUUGUUAUUCAAACGUAUUGCCGUGAAAGUGUUAUCCUCUCGCUAACCAUUUGACACUAAUACUCUAAUUAGAAGUGUUCGUUGGAGAAGUGGAAAAAAAAUUCGGCAGCGUUCUAUAACUGUAUAUUUACAUAAUCAUUCGAGUAUGGAGGCAUUGAGAAAGUAGUGGUGGUUGUUCGGCGGUGUGCCGGACCUAACAGCGUCACAGACGUUAUCAACAACGUCAGGAGUUCGCAGCGCUCGAGUGUCUCCGGUCAGCAAAAGUUUUAAUUCUCUCAGACAUUAAAUUACGAAACGUUUAUUGAAUUCGUGAAUUAUUUCUUACGUCAGAAACACACACAAUUUACACAUUAAUAAUUUUUAAUACGAGAAAGAAUAUAAAUAUGAAACUACUCGCUUCGUUGAUUGUUGUCGGUGCUUUGGUUUGCCACGUCGCCGCAGAGGAUUGUAAAGGAUGUGUUCCUCUCGACUCAGUGUCCUUCGACAAAGUAACCUCAAAAUUCAAAGCAGCCGUGGUAAAGUUCGAUGUCGCUUUCCCUUACGGUGAAAAACAUGAAGAAUUUGGCAAAGUAUCGGCUGACACGAAAGACUCGCUGGAUCUCCUCGUCGCCGAAGUUGGCGUGAAGGAUUUUGGCAACAAGGAUAAUUCUGAUCUUGCACAACGUUACGACGUUAAGAAAGAAGAUUUUCCUGUGGUGCUGCUUUUCGUUCAGGGACAAAGCAAACCGUUCAGAUUCGUCGCUAGCAAAGAUGAAGAUUUUACCGCCGAAAAUAUUAAACGAUUCAUCAAAGCGAAAUCUGGUGUAUAUUUAGGACUGCCCGGUUGUGUCGAACAGCUCGACAGAAUCGCUGAAGAAUUCAAGACGUCUGGUGAAAAAGAUCGGCAGGGUUUACUAAACAAAGCGAAAGUAUUCGAAGAAACAUUGCCAGAAGAGCAUCGAACUGCUGCAAAAGUAUAUGUGAAAACAAUGGAAAGGAUAAUGGAGCGAGGUGACGUGUUCGUUCAGACAGAAAGGACACGAAUCGAGGGUUUGCUUAAGGGCAAAUUGUCGAAGGACAAAAAGCGCACAAUGGAGGAGCGACGAAAUAUUUUGCAAUCUUUUACGCACAGGGACGAGUUGUGAACAGCUAAUAAAAUUCAACCAAAAUGGAAAAAUCGAUCCUAAUCAUCGGCACAGAAUUGGGAAGGGUUAUUGCUCGUUAAUCAUUAUGCAAUAUUGUCACGAGUAAAAAAAGGACAGAAUCGGUUUUUGAAUCAACCACAAUCUUGGACUUCCCUCUUGUUGUGACCAUGCCAUAUCGUAUAUGGAAAUCUUGUAAUAACUCUGUUAAUAAUAUAUUUAAAGAAGAACGAUUUAAAAGUGAAAAAAUAAAAAAAAAAGGAAACGUUUCAUAUUGAUGUUGAGCAA